GUCGCCGGGGGGGAAGAGCGCGUGUAAAUCCUUUGAUCGUACGUAGCCAACUGGAGUAGUCGAGGGGGAGUGAAAAGAGAGAUGAGUGCGAGAGCACCGUCCUCAGAAGGGUUCGUUCUGAAGGCUUGGGGGAAAAUGUUUUGCGCUUGGUGAAAGAGGAAAGAGAGAGAGAGAAGGAGUGAGGCUGCGAAGAAGAUAGAAGAAGAAGAAAGACAGAAAAGAAAAGAGACAAAAGAUUACAGAACUCCAGCAGGAGACAAAGGCUUUCGAAUCAUGGAUUUGCUAAUGGUGCUCGCCAUCGCGACCCUUUGCUGUUCAGCGUUUGGCGACAAGUGUGCUAACCAGUGUUUUUGUAAGUGGAAAGGUGGCAAGCGAACCGUGGAGUGCACUGAUCGUGCCCUGACCAGCAUUCCCGACUCGAUCGAUCCGGAGACCCAGGUACUGGACAUCAGCAACAACCUCAUCAAAUCUCUCCCGAGCAACAUUUUUGUGAAAGUGCAUCUGACAAAUCUUCAGCGACUCUAUCUGAAAGGAUGCCGAAUCAAUGAGAUCCACGAGGAUGCCUUUUCUGGAUUGACGAAUCUUGUCGAGCUUGACCUGAGUAGCAAUCAACUGUCAGUCGUCCCCAGUGAGAGUUUUGGCAAGGCCCCGUUUUUGAGGGAUGUAGUCCUAGCGCACAAUCCUCUCGAACGGAUAUACUCUUUCACCUUCAAGAGGACCCCUCAUCUUGUUAAACUCGACCUCUCCUACACAAAGUUGGUCGAGUUGGAAGAGGAAGCCUUCCAGGGCUUGGAACAACUCGAGAGUCUUAAGCUGAAUAACAACCAACUCUCCACCCUCCAUCGCGGGACCUUCGUUCCUUUCAACAAACUUCGGAGCAUCGAACUCCACGAGAACCCCUGGGUUUGUGAUUGUCAUCUCAGGGAGAUGAAGAUGUGGCUGGUGAAGCACAACGUUCCCAUGCUGAUCGCGCCAAUUUGUCAUGGGCCUGAACAGCUGGUAAACAAAAUGUUUACGGAGCUCGGAGUUGAUGAUUUCGCAUGUCGGCCUGUGUUGCUGAUCGCUAGUCGAUAUGCUGAAGCUACUAUUGGGGAGAAUGCUAGUAUAGUUUGCCGGGUUUCGGCGAUACCACCAGCUAAGGUCAAGUGGUAUUGGAAUGGGAGGUUGCUUGCAAAUCACUCAGCGUUCAGCAGUUACCAGAAGAUCUUAAUUUACGAAGACGGCCAGUUCAGAAAAAGAAGCACCCUGGUGCUCACCAAUGCUCAGGAGUCUGACUCGAGCGAGUUCUUCUGCGUGGCAGAAAAUAAGGCAGGAAGUGUGGAGGCCAACUUUACGCUCCAUGUAUCCCUUAGAACAGCAGGGAUGUCGACCCUGGGGUCUGGUCAGAUUGCUGGGAUUUCUGCAGCUUUGGUGGUGCUGAUCCUUUUAAUCUUGCUGAUCAUCCUCGUUCUAUUUGUUCGUCUGAGGAGGAUGCCCCAAAAGGACCACAAAAGUCCUACCCCUGGUGAAGCCGCUCCAGCAGAGAACGGUGAUAACCCUCAAUCCACGACGUCAACAAUUAGUCGGAGGAAACAGGAGGAGGUUGAGACAACAUCCUUCAACGAGGCAAAACAUCCAGUUUCCUUAAAUCUAAGUUACGUCCAAAGGCCGCAGGCUUGCCUUGCGGAAGGUGAUUACGUGGUCAAGCGAUACGACGAAAACCACCAGCCGGUGGUACCGGGGCCAUGUUUUUCCUCAUCGACGAUACUCAUGCCGAUCGACAACCCGGACCUCAUCAGGGAUACACGGAGGGGGUCGGGAGAAGAGGUGGUGCCCUACAAUGGGGAGUACAGUCGUGUCGAAUUGGAAGACGCGAAGCUGUUGUACUCUGGGUGCCUUUGGGAGAGGGACAUGAGGACUACGGUCAACGUUAAUCCCUUCACGUCCAAGGAAAUGCUUGCUAACAUGGCCUCGGUGGAUAACUUUCCACCUGGUGCAAAGCAGAUGCGAGUUUGGCAGAAGGGAGUUCCAGUUUUGCCACCUGUUUCGGCACUCAAACGCGUCCUGGGCUCGACGCGCAGCUCACCUGAUGAAGGAUAUCAAGAAGGUACAGGUACGGAUGUCUAGGUACCACUAAUUCAUUACUGCGAUGCCUGACAUCGAUACAUGGAACUUCGCAGACGACACCAAGAGGAAACAGACUGUUGACUAUUCCAGUGAAAGUAUCGGGUCGGGGAGCCGGUAGUGAAUGCUAUAUCAUUGCCCAAGACCUGUGCACUAGCCAUAAGACUAUUUUAAU